AUGCUGGCCCUCCGGUGCUGGAGGGCAGCUGUGCCCUCCACAUUCAAUGCUGCUGCAGCUCCGUCACGGGUGACUGUGUUGUCACAGCUGCAAUCACAGUUCCUGAGGCCAUCUACAUCACUUACAUCUUCCCUGUCAUCCACGCCACGAACAUUCUCCUCUCUCAUCACUUCCUCUUUUUCUCGCCCGUCGACGAUGACUUCAUCUACAUCCCUCCUCCGUCCAUUCUCCCCAGUUGCGACUCCGACACAGGCCCUUGCCCAAACACGCUCCUUCUCCGCAUCGACUUCCCUCGCCGCCAAACGUGAUACUUACAACCCCUCGCGGAGAGUCCAGAAGCGCCGCCACGGUUUCCUUGCGCGACUACGCAGUCGUGGUGGACGGAAGAUUCUCAUGCGGCGUCGGGCGAAGGGCCGGAAGUGGUUGAGUUGGUGA